AUGGACUUAAACGAGACAUUCAGACACAGCAUUCUUCUAGUAGAGGGAUUCAGAGUUACACCUCAGUCUACCUAUCCUGUCUUCAUUCUGCUCCUCUUGGCUUAUGUUUUUACAAUGGUCUCCAACAUUGGACUUAUAGUUCUGAUAUCAACUGAGAAGAAUCUACAUCAUCCUAUGCAUUUUCUAUUCUGUAAUUUGCCACUAAAUGAUAUAAUAGGCACUACAGUCAUCAUGCCUCGUUUAAUGCUAGACAUUUUAAAGGAUACAUCAGAACGUUAUAUAACAUACAUGGAUUGUGUUACUCAAGCAUAUUUUGUACAUAUUUUCAUAGCAGCAUGCCAUUAUGUGCUGAUAAUUAUGGCCUUCGACAGAUAUGUGGCUAUAUGUAAUCCACUGAGAUAUUCAGCUAUAAUGACCAAUAAGAUGGUUAUUAAGCUCUCAGCAUCAGCAUGGGGGUUGGCUAUUCUUCUUGUGACGAUAAUGUUAGGCCUGACUAUACGUCUCUCUCACUGCAGGUCGAAAAUUGAAAACCCUUUCUGUGACAAUGCCUCUCUUUUUAAACUGUCCUGUGAAAGUGUGGUCAUAAAUAAUAUUUAUGGAAUUGUUUAUACUGUGGCUGUGCUCUGCUUUUCAGCAGUUUCUAUAUUUAUAACAUACGUCAAGAUUGCGGCGGUAUGCAAAACAAGCAAAAGCAAAGCACUCAACAGCAAAGCUCUAAAAACCUGCAGCACUCAUUUAGCUGUUUAUUUAAUCAUGUUCUUUUCUGGAGCUACCAUGACUUUUCUCCAUCGUUUCCCUGAAUACUCAGACAAUAGGAAACUAGCUAGUAUAAUGUUUCAUAUUAUACCACCUGGAUUAAAUCCUUUAGUGUAUGGUUUACAGACCAAAGAGAUAAGACAAAAAAUGACUAAUCUGUGGUGGAGAAAAAAGGUCAAUUCUAUAUAA